AGCUCCUCCCUUAUAAGGUGGGGUAAUGCUCACCAACGGUUAACGAAACGUCACUGGCUGUGGGGCACGGCACUUUCAGUGAGUGAGGCGCGUGCCUUACACAUCCAUCGAUUCCGUGACCACAGCACGGCCACCGACGACACUCUUCCAAUGCUCACCUUUAACUUUGAAUCAAACACCGGACUAUACGUGCUACUUAAUCUUUAUUCCCACCUUGACCAUCCUCGGCCCAUGCCACACAGUUCCGAACUUUGAUCUCGCCACCUUCCGCGUAGAUGAUGGGCCUAGAAUAGCGCCGGUCCGACUAGCUUCAUUUCCAUAUCAACACAAUAACACGCAAGUCGAGAUACUAUGACGGCUCAAGCAACAGCCAUGGAGGCCCUUCAGAAGGAGCUGGACCGGCUCAACCGGACACCCGGUCUGUCCGCGACGAUAGACAAGGUUGAUAAGAUCAUUGAAAUGCUCACCUCGGUGAAGGACCAGAUUGUCCAAAGUGGCAUGGACACACACGUAGCCAGCAUGUCCAUCACAAGAACUCAGAACCCAAUCAAGUCAACGUUUGAAAAGAUAAACGAUGAUCUCAAAGGCGUGACGGCAACUCAGAGGAAGCUGGGCAAGAUGCUAGACAAGCACUUCCCCCUCAAGGACCUACCAUCAGAACACGACGCUAUGGCAGACCAAGAACCGUUGAUAAAUCGUGCCAUUUCUAUGCAUUUGCUGCGCGAGGGACAGUUCUCGGUGGCCUCCACUUUCAUAGAAGAAACAGGGGACGCGGCAACUCUUGACAAUGUCAACGCGGUAAUCGAGGGUCAAGAUCAGGCGAACGCGAGCGACAACUAUGACGACGAGCCAAUGGAUGAAGACAGGGACGACGACGACGACGACGAAGACGAAUACAUGAGCCCCCUCGAAGGCGUUGCAAGUUUAGGCUUCAGACAGCUCCAAAACCUCUCCUCCCUCCAGUCCCACGAACUCGAAGCGAAAUUCUCCCAAAUGUACACCAUCCUCCAAGACAUCAAAUCCCGGAACCUGCUUUCCGCAAUAGAGUGGGCCCGGAGCAACUCGGUCGAGCUCGAAGCCCGCGGCAGCAACCUUGAGUUCGAGCUCAGCAGGCUGCAAUACGUCUGGCUCUUCAAGGGUCCUUCGGUCAACGGGCUGCCCGAUAACGAGCUCAACGGCACAGCAGGAGCACUCCUAUACGCCCAACAAAACUUCUGGCGGUUCGGCAACCGCUACAUCGGCGAGAUUCAACAGCUUGCUAACGCGCAAAUCUACGCUCGCAACCUUUCCGAGUCGCCCUACCGACACAUCUUCUCGACGGAAACCGCCUUCGCGGACGUGGCCUCGUCCUUCACGCGCGAGUUCUGCAGCCUUUUGGGCUUGUCAGCCGAGUCCCCCUUAUACAUCGCCGUAACAGCAGGCGCGCUGGCUCUUCCACUCCUAAUCAAAUACCAGCAAGCCACACGAGCUAAGGGGACCGAGUGGACAACAACAAACGAGCUAGCUUUCGAGACCCCUCUCCCAGAACGCAUGCUGUACCACUCCAUUUUUGUUUGUCCCGUUUCCAAGGAGCAGACCACCGAACAAAACCCGCCGAUGAUGAUCCCCUGCGGACACGUGCUGGCCAAGGAGACGCUGCAGAGGCUGCUGAAGGGAACGCGCUUCAAGUGUCCGUAUUGUCCGGCCGAGGGCUUGGAGAAGGAUGCCAGACGUAUUAUGAUUUAGAAGAGCCAUUAUGUCGAUUUGUCUGUUAUGGAUAUCCCAUCGACUAUUUUUCGUAGGCCGCGUAGGCCGGUCCGGUUCGAGGGGAAUGGAAGGCUAGUGCCACGACGAUGACUUCAUCAAGCAGCGAUUUCUUUUAUUGGGGGGGUCUUUUUAUCUUUUGUCUA